CGGGGCCGGAAGUGCGUGCGCGCCCGUGGCCGGCAGCUCCGGAGUCGGACGCGUAGAGCUCUCUGUACUCCGUGGUGCGAGGUGCCCGGGCCCACGGCCGGCGCCAUGUCGUCGGUGAGCCCCAUCCAGAUUCCUAGCCGCCUGCCGCUGCUGCUCACCCACGAGGGCGUGCUGCUGCCGGGUUCCACCAUGCGUAUCAGUGUGGACUCGGCCCGCAACCUGCAGCUGGUGCGCAGCCGCCUGCUCAAGGGCACGUCGCUGCAGAGCACCAUCCUGGGCGUCAUCCCCAACACGCCCGACCCGGCUAGCGACGCUCAGGACCUGCCGCCGCUGCACAGGAUCGGGACGGCCGCCCUGGCCGUGCAGGUGGUGGGCAGCAACUGGCCGAAGCCCCACUACACCCUGCUGAUCACCGGCCUGUGCCGCUUCCAGAUCAUCCAGGUUCUGAAGGAGAAGCCGUACCCGGUUGCCGAGGUGGAGCAGCUGGACCGGCUGGAGGAGCGCCCCCGCGGUGGCGGGGCGAGGGAGGGGCUGGGCGAGCUGUCGGAGCAGUUCUACAAGUACGCCGUGCAGCUGGUCGAAAUGUUGGACAUGUCUGUCCCCGCCGUAGCGAAGCUGAGGCAGCUCCUGGACAGCCUUCCCAGGGAGGCGCUCCCCGACAUUCUGACCUCCAUCAUCCGCACCAGCAACAAGGAGAAGCUCCAGAUUUUAGAUGCCGUGAGCCUGGAGGAGCGCUUCAAGAUGACCAUCCCGCUGCUCGCGCGGCAGAUCGAAGGCCUGAAGCUGCUCCAGAAAACCAGGAAACACAAGCAGGACGGGGAUGAGCGGGUGAUAGCUGUCCGCCCCACUCGGAGGGUCAUGCCCCUCCCGGGCACUUUAGAAGACGAGGAGGAGGAGGAAGAUAACGAUGACAUUGUCAUGCUAGAGAAAAAAAUCCGAACGUCCCACAUGCCGGAGCAGGCCCACAAGGUCUGUGUCAAAGAGAUCAGACGACUCAAAAAGAUGCCUCAGUCGAUGCCGGAAUACACCCUGACAAGGAGCUACUUGGAGCUCAUGGUGGAACUUCCCUGGAACAAGAGCACGACCGACCGCCUGGACAUCCGCGCGGCCCGGGCCCUCCUGGACAGCGACCACUACGCCAUGGAGAAGCUGAAGAGGCGGGUGCUGGAGUACUUGGCUGUCCGGCAGCUGAAGCACGACCUGAAGGGCCCCAUCCUGUGCUUCGUUGGCCCCCCUGGAGUCGGGAAGACAAGCGUGGGGAGGUCCGUGGCCAAGACCCUCGGCCGGGAGUUCCACAGGAUCGCGCUCGGAGGCGUGUGCGACCAGUCCGAUAUCCGGGGACACAGGCGCACCUACGUGGGCAGCAUGCCCGGCCGCAUCAUCAACGGCCUGAAGACGGUGGCGGUGAACAACCCGGUGUUCCUUCUGGACGAGGUGGACAAGCUGGGGAAGAGCCUGCAGGGCGACCCGGCCGCAGCUCUGCUCGAGGUGUUAGACCCGGAACAAAACCAUAACUUCACCGAUCAUUAUCUCAACGUGGCCUUCGACCUUUCCCAAGUUCUCUUCAUUGCGACCGCCAACACCACAGCCACGAUCCCCCCGGCCUUGCUGGACAGGAUGGAGAUCAUUCAAGUGCCAGGGUACACCCAGGAGGAGAAGAUCGAGAUUGCGCACAGGCACCUGAUCCCCAAGCAGCUGGGGCAGCACGGGCUGACCCCUCAGCAGAUCCAGAUCCCUCAGGUGACGACGCUGGACAUCAUCACCAGGUACACCCGAGAGGCGGGGGUCCGCUCUCUGGACCGGAAGCUGGGGGCCAUCUGCCGCGCCGUCGCUGUGAAGGUCGCAGAAGGACAGCACAAGGAAGCCAGGCUGGACCGUGCUGACGCCGCGGAGGCAGAAGGGUGCAGAGAGCACGUCCUGGACACCAAACCCGAGUCCAUCAGUGGCACGGCUGACCUUGGCCUGCCGCCCGAGAUGCCCAUCCUGAUCGAUUUCCACGCGCUCAAGGACAUCCUGGGGCCGCCGAUGUACGAGAUGGAGGUGUCCGAGCGCCUGAGCCAGCCGGGCGUGGCCAUAGGCCUGGCGUGGUCCCCCCUGGGCGGGGAGAUCAUGUUUGUGGAGGCAAGUCGCAUGGACGGCGAGGGCCAGCUAACUCUGACCGGCCAGCUGGGGGACGUCAUGAAGGAGUCUGCCCACCUGGCCAUCAGCUGGCUCCGCAGCAACGCCAAGAAGUACCAUCUGACCAACGCCUCUGGAAGCUUUGACCUUCUGGACAACACAGACGUCCAUCUGCACUUCCCAGCUGGGGCUGUGACGAAAGACGGGCCCUCGGCAGGGGUCACCAUCGUGACCUGCCUCGCCUCCCUCUUCAGCGGGCGGCUGGUGCGCUCGGACAUGGCCAUGACCGGGGAAAUCACACUGCGCGGCCUCGUGCUCCCGGUGAGUGCGGCAUCCCGCUCAGGGGCCCUCCUCGUGGGUUGCUUGUGCACUUUACGUGACCGUGCUUUAACCGUGCUUUUAAAUGCGGAACGGCCUCCUUCCUGUGAAUGCCUUAGUUUUACACAUACAGACGUUUCACAGCUGUAAUUCAUAUUUUAAAUU